AUGGAAAUUAAAUGUAAUAAAAAGGAAAAUGAAAAAUAUGAAAACAGUAAUAUAGUUAAUAUUGAUAAUUUAGGCUUAAGUGAAGAACCAAAAUCAGAGGUUGGUGUAAUAAAUGAUGAUAGUAUACAUUAUAAUAGUGAAAAUAUACAUUCUUUUAUAAAUGAUGAAGUGGAAUUUUAUGAUGUUAAGGGCAUAGAUGAAACAAAGGAAAAAUCAGAAAACAUUUUUAAUGUUAAUGAAAAUUUUGGAAAUUUGGAUAAGAAUAUUUACAACUUUUCACUAGAUAAUGAGUCAUACAAUUCAAAUAUAGAUGAUGAUCUUGAAAAUUUUUUUAGAGAAAAAUCAAAUGAAAUAGUAGAAAAAAAAAAUGAAACCUACAAAGACAAAUUAGAAAAAGGUGAUGAUUUUAUAAGGGAUGAUGAUUAUUCGUCUAGUAGUGAAAAUAAAUAUGACAAAUUUUACAAGGAUAAAGAUUAUAAAUCAUCAUUAAAUAAUGAAGUAAAUGAAAUUACAAAAUCUGAUGGAUAUAAAAAUGAAGACUCAGAAAAUUCUUUUCUUAGAAAUACAAUAAACAAUGAAUGUUACGAACAUUUUUACCCACUAGGGAGUAAAAAGAAUAUAUUAAAUACAAAUAAAGGUAUAAAUGAAUUAAGUAUAAAACUUGAAGAUAAUUUUUCACAUAUUGGAAAUAAAAAGAAUGAUGAUGUGACAAAUAAUUUCAUAUCAGAAAUGGAAAAUGAAAAUUUUUAUGAUGAAAAAAAUGACUUAAUUAUAACUAAUGAUUUGAAGAAAGAAAAAAAAAUAGAAGAGGAAGAGGAAGAAAAAGAGAAAGAGGAUGGGGAAGAAAAAAAGGAAGAGGAAGAUAAAGAGGACGAGGAAGAAAAAGAAGAAGAAGAAGAAAAAGAAAAUUUGAGUUAUGCUGAAAAAGAGACAUUACCAAAUGACAAAUUAUUGAUGAAAUAUUUAAAUAAUUCUAAAAGUGAAGCAGAUACAAAUUUUAAUAAUGAAAAGAUAACUAUUGAAAAAUCAAAUUUAUUUAAUGAAAAAAAUAUGGAAGAGCAAAAUAAUGAUAUAAAAAAUGAAAAAUCUAAGAAAAUUAAUAUUAUGAAUUACCUUGAAAAUAAUGAUUCUCAAGAUAAUAUAAAUAAUUCUAAAAGUUUAUUAAAGAAAAAAAGGGUUAAUGAAGACCAAACUAAUCCAUUGUGGUAUAAACAUAAAAGACAUUUUUUUAUUUUUACUUAUUCGGGAAAGCCAGUUUUUACAAGAUAUGGAAAUGAAGAAAAUUUAACAAGUUUUUAUGGUACAUUACUAGCUAUUAUAUCUAAAAUUGAAUCUUUUUGUUUCUCUCAUGAAAACAGGGAUAUUAAAAUAAAUAAAAAAAUAAAUGAACAAAAUACAAAAAACACAUUAAAAUAUAUUAUCAGUAAAAAUACUAAAGUAGUUUAUUUAGAUAAAGGUGUUUUAUAUUUAGUAUGCAUUUCUAAAGUUAAUGAAAGUAAUAAUUAUAUUUUGAAUAUUUUAAAUUAUAUUUAUUUUCAAAUUAUAUCAUUAUUAACAAAGAGCAUUGAUAAAUCUUUUCAAAUAAAACCAUCUUUUGACAUUAGAUAUUUGUUGGAUGGUGCUGAUUUACUUAUAAGUAAUUUAAUAUCAUCAUGUUCUAAAAAUAUGUAUUCUAUUUUUGACGGAUUUGAACCUUUGCCUUUAAAACAGGAAUAUCGUAAUCAAGUACAUAAUUGGAUUUCAAACUUCAAAAUUAAUAAUGUUUUGUUAUCUUUUUUAAUUAUAAAUGAUAAAAUUAUAUGCUUAUCAAUAUCUAAGUAUACCAUUUAUUCAAUGGAUAUAAUAAUUCUUAUAAAUAUGAUAACAUCAAUGAAAUCAUUCAAAAAUGCAGAAUCGUGGACUCCCAUUUGUUUACCUAUUUACAAUCCAAACUUAUUUUUAUAUGCUUAUAUUAAUUAUAUAAGAAAAAAGAUAUGUUGUGUUUAUGUAUGUUCUUAUGCAUCACCUCGAGAUUUUUUUUACCUUUCUAGACAUACUUCCACGAUAGAAUCAAUGCUAAUGAGUACGGGAUGUUAUGAUGAAAUUGUGAAAGCUUCAGAUAAUUCUCCAUUUACUUUACCAGAAAUUCAUGGUAUAGAUAUUAUUCAUUUAUGUUAUUAUAUUCCAUAUUUAAAACAAUAUUAUAGUUCUAAAAUUAGUCAUGAUAAAAUAAAAAGAAUUUUUCGAGUAUACCAGAAAUGUGAUGACAUAUUAAAAGAUUCAAAAUUACCUGCACAAAUAUAUAUAGAAUGUGAAUAUGAAAAAUUUUACUGUAUUAAAACAAAUUUAUACCACUUAUAUUUAUCAGUCCCGUUUCAUGUUAAAGUUAAUGAUGAUAGUAUUAAUGAAAUUUUAAGAGUUAUAGCGAUUUAUCAUAAGGAAAUAUUUAUUAAUAAUAUUAAACAAAUAACAUUUUAG